AUGCACAUACCAUGGCUCCUGCCGCUCUUCGCAGUCCUUGUCGUCGCUUCGGACGACAAUGAUACUCUCUGGGGUGCCUACAGACCUAAUCUCUACUUUGGAAUGCGCCCACAAAUACCACAAAGCCUUAUGACUGGUCUUAUAUGGUUCGGUGCUCACGACUAUCAGUCCGUCUCCCGGCCACGUCAUGCAUGUUCUCAGGAUGACCAACUACGUUCCUAUACGUGGAAUGUCUACGACCCUCGCCAAGGCGGUGUACAAACCAUUGAAGACACUCUGAACAACGUCCGAAUUACAACAGAGUUCAUCAAGGUUAGUGGUGGCCAAAACGGCGGCAGCUGGGCUGCUCGUGUAAAAGGAGAACCCCUUAAUCCUUCCGCAAUGUCACGCCCUUCCCUCAUUUGGUAUCUUGGAUUGGAGGGUCUAGGAGGCCUAGAUAUGGACACCGACGAGGAGGAAGAUGGAUUGGAUGGCGAAGUCAAAUUCUCUGGAUCGACACCCGAGUUGGACGAGUUCACAAUCCGCAUAGUUGACCAUCCCGACAAUUCGUACAUCACAGAGGGUCCCCAUGCGUCCGCGUUCUCUGCUCGCGCCGGAAAGACCCAUUACUUAGGACAGCCCAUACCUACAGGACAUAUCUGGCAAGCGCGCGAUUCUAUCUUACAAGCCAUGAUCAAGCGUGCCCAAGAUGUUAUUGCACCUUAUGCAGACCCAGCGGUUGGACUUCCCGAUCCCUCCUUCAUUCUUCAGCUCCCCGAUGAGGUGUACAGUGGCUCCAACCUUUACGCGAUCCAGAAAACAUUUAAAGGGCCCUUCCAAUUCGAUGUAUUUUUUGACAGCGCAUCUCUGACCCAAAAGCUUACUUCCGCCGUUCUUGACCAAGGCAUUCCCUCGUUAACCAAGUCGUACGUUUCACGCUUCUCUCGAAUCUUCCCCAUCCCUUCCUCAUAUCCAUCCACUUCUGAACUGGAGUCCUUUUCACAAGCUAUCACUGCCAACUUGAUGGGGGGUGUUGGAUAUUUCCAUGGCACCUCCAUCAUCGACAAAUCUUUCUCUUUUGAAUGGGAUGAAGAUGAUGAAAGCUCUGAUGACGAUGUCCCUCCGGAACAGCGUGGUCCCCAACUUUCUGAACCCAAAUCCCUUCUCACUGCUACGCCCAGUCGGAGUUUCUUCCCCCGUGGAUUCUAUUGGGAUGAAGGCUUCCAUCUAUUACAUAUUGGACAAUGGGAUGACGCAUUAGCAUUAGAAAUACUCAAGAGUUGGAUCAAUCUGAUCGACGAGGAUGGCUGGGUGGGAAGAGAACAGAUUCUCGGCGAGGAGGCCAGAAGCAAAGUACCACCUGAAUUCCAAACACAAUACCCAAAGUAUGCUAAUCCGCCUACACUUACAAUGGCUAUCACUGCCUAUAUUAGCCGCGUCAAAGCCGCUGAUUCUGGUCCGUCUCUCGCUGAUCUGGGUAUGGGCACGCAGCAGACACCACUUGACGUCCAAGGAAGCGAUACUCCUGAGGCUCGUACACCCACUUUCGCCCUGCCGUUCCUCAAAUCAAUCUACCUACCUCUCCGACGGCACUAUGACUGGUUCCGACGCACACAGCGUGGACUUAUUAAACCAUAUGCUAGGCGGGCCCGUUCGCGAACUGAGGCGUACCGAUGGAGGGGGCGCAACCUUAACCACGUUUUAACGUCGGGAAUGGAUGAUUAUCCCCGUAGUACGCCUCAUGCUGGCGAGCUUCACCUGGAUCUCAUUUCAUGGAUGGGUUUCUUCACACGUACAAUGAAAGAGAUUGCGGAUUUCGUUGGCGAGACGGAUGACGCCUUAUCGUUUGGUGAGAUCUACGAGAACAUUGUGGGAAACAUUGAUGAUCUGCACUGGGAUGAGGAAGAAGGGAUGUACUGUGACGCGUCUGUAGAUGACGAAGACGAAUCAAUGCCCGUUUGUCACAGGGGAUAUCUGUCACUAUUCCCAUUCUUGCUGGAACUCGUACCUGUGGACUCUCCCCAUCUUGGAAAGAUUCUCGAUCUCGUUCGGGAUCCUGAGCAUUUAUGGUCUCCUUACGGUCUCCGGAGCUUGUCUGCUAGCCAUCCGGAAUUUGGACAAGGAGAAAAUUACUGGAAGGGACCAAUUUGGGUACAAAUGAAUUUCCUGGCCUUGAGAGCUUUGCAUCAGACGUAUGCAGCACAGGAAGGUCCGUUCCAGGCACGAGCACAAGAAAUAUAUGACGAGCUUAGGCGAAACGUGGUGGAUAACGUUUUCAAGGAGUACCAACGCACAGGAUAUGUGUGGGAGCAGUAUGAUGCUUUGACAGGUGAGGGAAGGCGGAGUCAUCCGUUCACUGGUUGGACAUCCUUGGUGACAUUAAGUAAGUCACAACUUGACUUCAAAAAAAGAAUGUAG